AUGACUCCAAUAUUUGAUGAAAUACCAGACCGGAAAAAAGGAUGUGAUAUUUCCAAGAUAAUGACACUUAAAUGUCUUCUUUUUUCCUUUCUCCUGCUUCUCUUAUUUUCUGCAGUUAAGCCACGAUCCGUUAUAAUUUGUGAGAAACAAGAAGGAAUAAUAAGCUGCCCAAACAGAAAAAUAAUCGAAGUGCUGAACGCGAACUAUGGCAGGCUGAACCAGCAUACGUGUCCUCAUCAGGAAACGAACAACAUAAACUGUCGUUCCAGCAAUUCUCUAACACGCGUGCAGGAUAAGUGUAACGGCAAAACCAGUUACCAGAAUAAGGGAUGUGAUAUUUCCAAGAUAAUGACACUGGAAUGUCUUCCUUUUCCCUUUCUCUUGCUUCUCUUAUUUUCUGCAGUGAAGCCACGGUCCGUUAUAAUUUGUGAGCAUCACAACGGAAAAAUAAGCUGCCCAAACAGAAAAUUAAUCGACGUGCUGAACGCGACCUAUGGCAGGCUGAACCGGCAAACAUGCUCUAAUACUAAUAAACCUAUAAGAAGCACAAACUGUCGUUCCAGCAAUUCUCUAAAACACCUGCAGGACAAGUGUAACGGCAAAACCAGUUGUGAGCUGCAUGCGAGUAGGAAAGAGUUUGGUGGCGAUCCAUGUCCUGGAACAUACAAAUCUCUGGAAGUCAAAUACAGAUGCCUGGAAUAUAUCAAUUUAGGUAAGCGAGAAAACGGAAAAAAGUGCGGCUUGAAUUUUGUGUGA